AUGGCUCGAAAAUCCCAGAAGAAGCAAACGCGACUGGCCUUUGCUACCGCCGCCACAACUGCAGAACGUAGCGAAGCUGAUGAGGAGCGCUUUCGAACCCUCUCUUACGUUCAUCCAACUCUACCUACUGUGCGCGAAGAAAGAUCGCGCAAGAGUAAGCCAGCAUCGCCAAAAAAGAACACCAGGUCAUCCAAGCGAGAGAAACACCCAAAGUUGGAGGAAUCGUUAGAAAAUGUUCCCAAGAUCCCAAGAAACGAGAGUUCACAACCGCCGUUACAAAUCCUUGGCGAAUCCUCCGAUGACGAAAUAAUCGUUCCAAGCGCGCAGAAGAGAAAAAGAAGUGCUCCAAGUGUCGAAAUAACACAACUGCCGUCGAAAGCUCUAGGAGAUUCUUCCGAGGACGAAAUAAUUGUUCCAAGCGCGCAGAAGAGAAAAAGAAGUGCCGUGAUGGUCGAAAUAGCCGGGAUGAGUCCCGAGGCCGAAAAACUCAAGGAUAGGAAGCCCCGACUUCGUGCAUCUUCGCCUGCCCAGCCCGUUGAGCAAGUGCAAACACCUCGUCUACGUCGCAAAUUGAAGCGAAAAGCAGAAAGCUCGCCGGUAAUAAACCUCGACUCAGACAUUUCAGAAGAACCUGUGAUGUCUUCGCCGGUCAAGCGAAAGAGAAUGACAGGCCCGAAGACGCCUGAAAUAUCCCGUGGCAGUGAUGACCAAGACCAGCUGGAUAUUGAGGAGGAUGUGAGAGAUCUUCAGGACUCAGUGGUCAAGAGGACACGAACCCGAGGCCGAAUUCCCGAAUCAACACGAGAUAAGAGAUUUAAGACUCUUGAGGCUAUCCGCCGCAAGCGUUUGGGGCUGAAACCAGAAAGUGAAGACGAUCCUGAAAUGGGUUCUGACGAAGUACAUGAAGAUAGCCCAAGCGAGCAGGAUUCAGACAACGAAGAAAACAAUAGCGAUGUUGAACCCACUGACCCGAACAACGAAGACCUUGAUCGCUAUGAAGAUGAUUUUGUCCUCGACGAUGAUAAUGUGCUACUUGGGGUUCCAACAGAGGAAAUUCCUCUUGAAUUUACACGACAUGCCUACAAGAAACCCAAGGACUACUUCCGUGAUGUGGUCGGUUGGAUGGUACUCAAUCGUCUUGACCCAGCAUUCCCGCGCUCCGAUGCAAUGUACAAGAUGGCUUUCAUGAAAUUGGAAGACGAAGUAAAGGGGCGUGCAGGUUCCCAAUUGAUCUCCUCAGUCUGGAACCCAGCCUUCCGCUAUUCGCUGCUAGCCCGUCCAAAAAUCGAAAUUUCAGGCUAUCCCACCUUUGAUGAUCACCCGUGCGAUGCUUGCAAUCGAUCUGGCCACCCAGCAUCAAGCGAUAUGAAGUUGUACGGCAAGCCGUACUCUUUAGAAACCCUUGAACCUCUUCGCGACGGUGAUGAAUCCAACCAAUCUAGCUCUAGCGACUCGGAUGAAGAGAGUGAAUCCUCCGGUGUGGAUCGUGAUCGAGAAGGACAUGCACUGCCAGAUGAGAAUGCGCGGUUCCUGUUAGGCAAACAAUGCAAAGCGAGAGCUCAGCUGGCACACACCCUCAUUCAUUGGCGCUUCCACCUCAAUGAGUGGGUCGUUGAUCAUCUGGACCGGAUGGGCCACAUGGCUGAUUCCGAGGUCUUACGCCGUAAUGGUCUGAGCCAGAAGCGAAAGACUCGAAAUGCGAUCGCGGUUCUUGACGGGAUGGUCACAACUGGUGAAGUCGACAAGCUCUAUCGGGACUUCCAUAUGAAUCUGAAGUCUGCCCGGGAGUCUCAAUUGGAAUGA